AUGCCUUCGCCUCCAGUGCCCGUCCAGCCCUUGAUGACGUCAAAAGAUGCGACAGCCGAGUCAUCUUCGCGCAAGAGCCGACUCAAGUACGACUUUCCCCUCGCAACGCUCGUAGCUCUCUCGCACUUUCGCCAGGACGAAGCGGCCAAGAUCCUCGGCGUCGCGUCGAUCACGCUCAAGCGCAACUGCCAGCGACGCAACUACCGCUGGCCGUACCGCACCAUUAAGGCCAAGCGCCGCCGAGAAGCUCAUCUCGCGGCGAAACCCCUUUCCGACGACCCGCUCCUCCGUCACCAGUCGUUGCCCGCGCCCGAGAUUCUGCUCUCGCUACGGCACGUGGCGACCAAUUGCAGUCGCCUACCGACGUCUGCUCAGAGCUUUGCAGCUGUACCUCCCAAUCGGGUCAUCUCGGCACCGAUAGCGGUCCCUCGUUCGACCGCUCACGUGUCGCGUACCUACACAUCGACGACGUUGAAGCUGCCACCGGCGCCGCCGCAACUUCCCCCGUUGAAGGUGCUCUUGCAGAACCUCAAGCAGCAGUCACUGCCGGCGACACCGCCCCGUCUUCAGGCGGUACCAUUCGUGCAGUACCAUCACCCGGUCGAGCACAAGAGCUCUACUUACAGCGCGUCGUUCCACUCGGACGCGCCAAAGUUUCCCCUACGGAACCUGUCCGCUCUAGCGGACCGCUGCUGA